AGGCUAGGCACCGGAAGCGCUCCCCUCCCGCCCGCAGCCGCGGGUGGAGGUGGCCGGGGAGAUCGACUUCUGGGAUUCCACCGGAGCAGAGUGCUCUCUACUUGCUGACUUGUGGGGGGCUCCUUGGGAAGCGGUUGACAGCAGGGACUCCGGAGCCACUGAGUCCCCGAGCCUAGCUACUGAGAAGAUGGUGGACCAUUUGGCAAACACAGAGAUCAACAGCCAGCGGAUCGCAGCAGUGGAGAGCUGUUUUGGGGCAUCAGGGCAGCCGCUGGCCCUGCCUGGCCGUGUGCUCCUGGGCGAGGGGGUGCUGACCAAGGAGUGCCGAAAGAAGGCCAAGCCACGCAUCUUCUUCCUCUUCAACGACAUCCUGGUGUAUGGCAGUAUUGUGCUUAGCAAGCGCAAGUACCGCAGCCAGCAUAUUAUUCCCCUGGAAGAGGUAACAUUGGAGCCACUGCCAGAGACCCUGCAGGCCAAGAACCGCUGGAUGAUCAAGACAGCCAAGAAGUCCUUUGUGGUGUCCGCAGCCUCUACCACGGAGCGCCAGGAAUGGAUUAGCCACAUUGAAGAGUGUGUGCGGAGGCAGCUGCUGGCCACAGGCCGCCAGCCCACCACUGAGCAUGCAGCACCCUGGAUCCCUGACAAGGCCACGGACAUCUGCAUGCGUUGCACACAGACACGCUUCUCGGCACUUACCCGGCGUCACCACUGCCGAAAAUGCGGGUUUGUGGUCUGUGCUGAGUGUUCCAAGGAGCGUUUUCUGCUGCCACGUCUCUCCCCCAAACCCCUUCGUGUCUGCAGCCUCUGCUACCGUGAGCUGGCAGCCCAAAAGCGAAGGGAGGAGGCCAAGGAGAGGUACGGGGACUCUCCAGGGCAGCAAACCCACCUAGGCGGGGCUGUCUGUGGUGCAUCCAGUGGUGAUGACGAUGACUCCGAUGAGGACAGAGAAGGCAGUGGAGAUGGUGACUGGCCCAGCCAGGUGGAAUUCUAUGCUUCUGGUGUCUCCUGGUCAGCCUUCCACAGUUGACCCUCACCUUCAGAGUAUCUGCAUCAAGCCAGUCCACUGCCCACGGCCCCAAGAGUGCAGGUCCUGAACUGUCUGAUUUUGCUGGGACCCAAGCCCAUGGUAGUGGGCAUAUGACAGGUAGCUGUUCCAGAGCCAUUAUUAGUGCCUUUCUGCUAGACAGCAGCAUCCUAGGCCUUCUUCUACUUCUGGUCAGAUAAUUGCCUUUCCAUUUCACAAGGCCCAGAACAUAUAGUCCUUGGUGACCAGGCUACUACAGCCCUUGGGGUUAGACCAGGCCAAGUGUCCCAAGCAUUAAAAGACCAGGGUGGAAGAGGGCAAAGGGAAGACCAGACCAGAGUGGAGGUCCACUCCACUCUGAAGCUUGAGCUUCAGACCCCAUUCCCACCUCCACCCCUUAACAGGCACAGCCCAUGGCAGCACAGAAGGCCUGCACACCCACCACCACGCAGAUAUCACCACCUGACCACUGACAGAGUCCUUGCCAAGCUAGGCCCCAGGUGCACUGUUUGUGCCUUUGGGGCCCAGGUGAGCUGCAGCCUGUGCUCCCCCAGCCCAGAGCAGCCCAUCAAGGUCUCUGCCCUGUCACCACUCUCCAAAUGUCUGGUACCUGUCCUGUCCCCAUCUCUAUCUGCAGUCAGUAGAAGCGAUGUUUCCCCUUAGGAUUUCAAGGACAGAAACCCUAUCCAGACUGACUUACCAAUAAAAAAACAACAACAACAAAAAACAACUCUUUUGAUUGCUAAGUCUAAGAGUACCCUAGCUUCAGACACUUCUACACUUCAGUGGUAGAAGCCAUGGGUAGGGACAGCCACCCCUGAUACUGCCACACUGGGCAUUCCUGGAAAUGCCUCCCACCCAGUGAGACAUUCAUGCCACACUGUGGCUGGCUCCCCAAGAACAAAGCCCCAUUCUGCUGCUUUGAUAGCCAGCCUGCCUGCCUGCCUGCCUGCCUUUCCUUUUCCUUUGAGACAGGGACUUGUUACAAAGGGCUGAUACAAACUUGAGAUCCUCUGGCCUCAGCCUCCCCAGUGCUGAGAUUACAGGCAUAUACCACUAUACCUAACUUAUUGGUGUGGGCUGUCUAAAUGGGUGGUAAAGGAAAAUAGGUGUUUGUCUGGCUCAGCCUGAUCCUUCUGGGGUAAAAAGACUCCUGAGUAGUCUCUGCUCAGCCCCUGCAGAUGGUGUCUAUGAUUUGGGGAGCAAGCCGCUAGCUUUGCGUGUAGACUAGAAAGUUUCAGGGCCCUUCAGAAGCCUUCUUUAAAGCUGUUCAUGGCAGUCCAUGCCUGUAAUCCCAAGAUUGUGAGUCUGAAGCCAGCCCUAGCUACAUAAAAUCCCUGUCUUGGGAAACCAUGCUUUCUGCAGGUAUUUAUCAGUCUUUGUCCAGUACCUGGCUAUCCUUGAAUGGAGUCCCUGUGUAUAGAGUGGGGUCACUGUCAGGUACAUGUGAGACUUUGGUGCUAAGAAAACUUCCCUCCGACUCUAGUAUAGUGAACCCCUAUUAUCAGGGAUCUCCAUCCCCCCAAUAUAAUGUUGUCUUCCAUGUCUAUGUUCUGGUUCUGUAGGUUGGGUCCAGAUCCCAAAGUCUACAGUUGACAGACAUGUGGUCGGUCAUCCUCUAAAGAGUGCUGGAGGGGUAGAAUAUGGAGCACCCAGGAGCUGCCUGUGACCCUUCCUGUACUGGCAGUGACAGGCUGGGGAGGAUUGGGGAUGUGUUUGUUUACAGCCCCUUUUACUUUGUGGCCUCUGUCAGCACACAGACUGGUUCAGGCUGCUUCUCCUGUUUGGGCCCAGGACCAGGCAGGUUCCUAGGUGAGGCGCGGCUUCCUGAACCUAGAUCUAGUGUCUUUUCAGCAGUCCAGACCAGGUAGCCCCAUCCUUUCCACCCAUGGCUGGUGACUCACAAAACUCACUCCCUUGGAACCUUCCUUUCCUAGAAACCUUCAGGGUAUUAAAAGGCAGCAGCAGUUCCUGUGGACAGAAGGAACUGCCUGAGGCUGAGCCUGGGUCUAGCCGCUGUCCUUAUCUCCUGACAAAAUGAGCAUGGUGCAGGAAUCUGGGUGGUUGGGGCAGGCUGUGGAGGGCCAUGUGGCACUGGUAAGUAGAGACAGGAGCUGACUCAUCCCUCAGCCCAGGGCUCAGACCUAGGACAAGGAUGUUACUUCCCUAAGCCCCAAGAUGUCGGAGACCACAAGGGCCCAAGGUUGUCAAGAACCUUGGGAAGGUGUUCAUUUAUUCAAAGCUACUGAGACUUGCUGUGUUCCCUGCCAGAUGCUGGGGGCACCACUGUGAAUAAGAUGGACUUGGCUUUCAGUUUUGAGAGGGGAGACUACAUUCUAGCAGGUGGACUGAGGCUGGUGCAUAGAGGCACACCCCGGGUGAAGAGAGUGAGCCGUGCCAGUGGAGAAACAACCUUCCAGGUAUUGGCAAUGACUUGUGUCAAGGCCCUGAAGAGGAAGGGGUCCAUGUUGUCCUGGAGAAACAUGAUGGGGUCAAGGCCAAAUGACAAUAGACCCCCCCAGGACCACAGAGGCUUCUACAGGCAGCAAUCUGUUCUCUGCUCUGAUGACUUUGUUCUGACUUGUCAGCAGAUGGUUGGAGAGUGGGGAGGUAGGCAGGCGUGGGGACUGUGUGCACAGAAGCUAGCUUGGGAUUUCCAAGGGGGAAUCUAAGAAAAGUCCAUCCUCUGCUCUUUCUGCCUAUGGUGGUAGGCAGGAAGCUUCCAUGGCCUUCUUUCUGUCCCUGACUCUUUUCUACUGAGAUACUGAGGGAACUCCCAGGAGUCAAAUGACUGUGGGACCCUGUGCGAGA